AUGACCUGCAGACUCUAUCCGGGCCUCCGCCUCUUCCUGCUGCUUCCUCUCCUCCACACCUCCGAGGAGACCUGCCCACCCAUGUGCCUCUGCAUAUCGGACACCGUCAGCUGCAGCUCCAGCGGUCUGUCCAAGCUCCCUCUCUCCAUCCCCACCUUCUCGGUCACCCUCGACCUCAGCCACAACCACUUCUCCUGGCUCGGACCAGGAAACUUCGACAGGAUGCCCAGGCUGGAAAACCUGCGGAUGUCCCACAAUCAGAUCGUCACUCUGACUCACGACGUGUUUCGCAACGCAUCUGGCCUCCGGCACAUCGACCUGUCCUCCAACAGGCUGCGCGUGGUGGAGCACCACUACUUCCAAGGCCUCUGGAGGUUGGAGGAGCUGCUGCUCUUCAACAACAAGAUCACGCAGGUGGAGGCCGGCACACUGAGCGGCCUGAGCAGCUUGAAGAAAGCCUACUUCAGCCUCAACCAGAUCACGCACUUCCCGUUCUUCUCCAUCCAAGACCACAGCCAUCCAUUCCUGACGAUGCUGGACCUCUCGUCCAACCGAAUGGCCCGUCUGCCGUGGGAGGAUGUGAAGGCUUUGCCCCGGCUGGUGCAGCGGGGGCUGUAUCUUCACAACAACUCCCUUAUCUGCGACUGCACCAUGUACAGCGUGUUUUGGCACUGGGAUCUGCGGGGUUACGACACAGUCAAACACUUCACAGCGGAGCACGUCUGCACAAUCUCUGGGGAGCCGCAGGGGUCCGUCCAGUUCAUGCAGUACAGCCGCUUCUUCCACAACUGCACCGUGGAGAAGGUCGUCUCACAACCUGUGACUGUUCUCCUGUCGAGCGUGUUUGCUUACGAGGGAGAAAGCAUACAUCUCGAUUGUCAAACAUCUCUAAAUAGCACAGACCUUUCAUUCACAUGGCUUUCCCCCAGCAGGGGGUACAUCACCCAGGUCAGCUCCAACGGCACGCUAAUUAGCCUCUUUCCCAACGGUACCUUGGAAAUCCAAGCAACCAAGGUCAGUGACUCAGGUCUGUACGUGUGCACAGCGGUGGAUGUUAAACAGGAACUGAAUGCGACUCGGGAGGUUAAUGUGACAGUGCACCUGCCUACAGCGGAGAUUUUCAACACGGGUUACACCACACUGCUGGGCUGCAUGGUGACCACCAUCCUCAUCCUCAUGUACCUGUACCUGACCCCGUGUCGCUGCAGCUGCUGCAAGCAGCCGAGGCCUCCGGCCAUCCCGGUCGCGCCCUACGAUCCCGGCGCCCUGUCCUCCGUCUUCUGCUCUUCCUCGAGAGAGCAGGCGAUGAUUCAGGCUAAUAAGCACGUAGCUUUCAUAGAGCCGAUGGUUGGUGAAGACGGAACUCAAUGGACUUUGGAAAGUUGA